AUGAACCGAUAUUUCCCCUAUAUUUAUUGGAAGUUGAAAUAUAAGCCCAUCUCUGGACGCACAAUAUGCGCACAUUUUGAGGCUUAUAACCAGUCAACAUUCUCCAUGCUUUACUUUGUGCUCGAUGAUCACUUGAACUUUGAGCGUGCUCUUCAAGAAAAACUCCUUGUAUUCGAAAAGGGUGGCGUUUUGGGCCAGCGCACGCAUUUAUACACCAAUAGCAACACGGGUCAAACAAUUCAUGAUGGGACUACGGUCAAGACUACGUUACUGUACGCCAAGCCGAAACGCUAUAGGUCUGUAGUUGAAUUCAGGGGCAAAUUUGAGGUCGAUGAGUGA